AUGAAGCUAAUCACGGAACGCUCGUCGAAAACAAUUCAAGAGAACGAAAAUCAUUUCAAUUAUGCAGUGCAAGUGACUCGCGUUAUUCUAAGGAUGAUCGGUGCAUGGCCGAUCCCGAAAUUCGCAUCCAACGCGAAAAAAAUUGUGAUUCGAUUGCAGAACGUUAUUUGCUAUUUUUUAUUUGCGUUUAUUCUCGUGCCUGGUCUUUUAUUAGUAUUUCUGAAAGAACGCGAUGUCAAACGGAGGGUCAGGUUAAUGGGACCCCUUCUAAACUGUUGGAUGGGUUGCAUAAAGUACAGUCUAUUCAUUUAUCACGCGAAAGAAAUCCAAUCGUGCCUAGAACAGGCACAACAGGAUUGGCAGAGCACCGUCAAUUGGAAUGAUCGAAAAGCGAUGCUAUCCAAAGCGAGAAUAGGCCGACAGUUCGCCAUCUUCUCCGCUGCUUUCAUGUACAUCGGCGGGCUAUCAUACCGUACCAUCGUGCCACUCUCGAAAGGACGAAUGUUAACACCGAUGAAUACUACGGUAAGAGCUCUCUCGUGCCCCAGUUACUUUGUCAAGUUCGAUGAGCAAACCUCGCCGACGUACGAAAUCGUAUUUACCCUGCAAUUCUUCGCGGGAAUGCUCACCUAUUCGGUGACAUGUGGCGCGGCCGGAUUAGCUGCAUUUUUUAUCAUGCAUGUUUGCGGACAGUUGAGUGUCUUGAUCGGCAAACUGCAGCAACUUGAUGACAUGACGGAGCCUGAGGAUCGAACUGUUGCGACUUUAUUGGCCAAUAUUGUGGAACAUCAAAUAAAAGUAAAAAAUUUUUUGAAACAAGUAGAGGAAGCUAUGCAAUUCAUAUGGUUAGUGGAAAUAGUAGGAUCUACUAUUCUCUUAUGUCUCGUCGGAUAUUACGUUAUUAUGGAAUGGGAAAGUAGCGAUUCUACAGCUGUGUUAACUAUGUUUGUAAUGUUUAUAUCUUUCACUAUUUCCAUUUUUACUAAUUGUUAUAUCGGUCAACUUUUGACAGAUCAGAUUGGGGAAAUUUUAAAUAAUCAGUGCAAGAAGAUCGGUGAAGUCUCGUACAUGAUCGAAUGGUAUCGUCUGCCAGAAAAAAAGUCUCGCUCUUGUGUUAAUCAUCGCUAUCCAGAUCGUCUAUUAAAUUUACUGCCGGAAAUUACUUCGAGUUGUCUCUCAGUUCUUUUGCUGACCCCUUUAUUACGCGCAGCCGUUUUGUGCACGCAAGCGCAUCAUUCUUACCGCAGAAAGAGAGAGACCACCUAUAAUUACACAUACCUGCUCAGUCGUGUUCGAGCUUCUAGUCUUGUCUGACCAUCUGUUAUAAACCCGAAAUAACGUAUGACAAAAUUAAUAAAAAUUCUUAACAGCAAAAGAAGAGACGUGGUGACUGCGAAUUUUAUGCUCAAAUUUAUUACGUAAAUUUAAUAUCAAUU